AUGAUUGAACAAGCAUGCAAAGAAAUCGAAUCCACUGGAAAAAUGCACAUCGUGCGCACAAGUAGUCUAUGGGAGAGCAAGGCAAUGUAUGUCUUAGACCAGGACGAUUUUGUGAACGGUGCUUGCGAGAUCGCUACUCCACUGUCACCUAUCCAACUCUUGGACGAGCUGCAGAUGAUUGAGCAGAAGAUGGGUCGCGUCAAGCUGGUUGACAAGGGGCCCAGGAACGUCGAUCUGGACAUCUUACUCUACGAUGAUAUUUCUUACUCGGAUGAGAGGCUACAGAUUCCUCACAAGCUCAUGUUGGAGAGAGAAUUUGUCCUGCGCCCGCUUUGCGAGCUUAUAACAGAGGACCAACAACAAAACUCCCCAUUCAAGGUACCGAUCCAGGACUAUCUCAGAAAACUACCACCAUCAGAAGAGCAAUUAGUGCGGCUGGUGCCACUCGCAUCUGACCUCUCGCCAAUCUCAUCUGCGCGCAUUCCGCUCAAUACACGGCUCAUGGCCAUCUUGAAUAUCACUCCCGACUCGUUCUCAGAUGGCGGUCAGAUUUACAAUCGAGGAAGCGAGCUACUAGCAAAGACGAUACAAGAGCGAAUCGAAGCUGGAGCCACCAUCAUUGACUUUGGUGGACAAUCUACUCGACCGGGCGCCAUACAGGUAUCGGCUGAAGAAGAACUAGCACGCGUCCUCCCCGCUGUAAAAAUGAUGCGUGGAAUACCCGAGGCUGCCGAAACAGCAAUCAGUGUCGACACGUAUCACGGGCUUGUUGCCGAGAAAGCCAUCAAAGCCGGUGCACAUUUGAUCAACGACGUCAGUGCAGGAACCAUGGACGAUACGAUGCUACCUACCAUGGCCAAAUUGGGCUGCACAGUCUGUCUUAUGCACAUGCGUGGAACACCGGAGACUAUGAACACCCCGGAAAUGACGUCUUAUCCCGAUGGAAUCGUAGAGACUGUUGGUCGAGAACUAUUCGAGCGUGUCCGUGCUGCAGAAGAAGCAGGUGUAAGACGCUGGCGCAUCAUUCUCGACCCUGGCAUUGGCUUUGCGAAGACAUUGGACCAAAAUCUUGAGCUGCUUCGACAUCAGGAUAAGUUAAUGAGAUAUCCUGGUCUAGAAGGCAUGCCGUGGUUGGUAGGGACCAGCCGAAAAACAUUUAUCGGAAAGAUUACAGGAGUGAAGGAUGCUCACAAGAGGACCUGGGGUACCGCAGUAACGGUUUCAGCGGCUAUUCAGGGUGGUGCUGAUAUUGUCUGCUCGCUCGCUCGCGUAUCCGCGAUUCUGAGAGUCUCUUAA